AUGGUGUGGCUUUUUUGUUUUCUUUCUUACUCAUACCUGAUACUGUCUCGAGUGUCGCAACAAUUCUCCUCUUCUUCCUCUUUACCAUCAACAAGCUUCCUCUACUAA